AUGAACUCGAACACGUGUUCGAAUGGUGGCAAUGGUAUUGGCGCGCAGGGCAAUGGUAGUACUGGUCAUGCAUCCAACGUAUCCACCAAUGGUACUGGUCUGCAGUUGAACCCUGCUGCGCAAUACAAGAAGGAUGCAUCACUUGUUGACAUAUUUGGUCCCCAUGUGCAACCUGGGAGGGUGCUCCUUGAUGAAAUCAUUCGAUGUUACAAGGUGCCGUCUCAGAAGAUUCUGCCGUGGUACAGUGGCCAGACACGGGUGAUCGCACGGCACGAACUGAAUGACCGCCGGCAAGAAACGGUGCUGGCGACCUAUGUGAAGAGUGUUCAGGAGAAGGGGAUCGUUCGUGGCGUCAGGGGAGACGCUUGGUUGGUGGCGCCGGACAAUGAUAAAGAUGAGCUCCAGUACAAAGCUUUGACCUUUGCCACAUUGUCCGAAGCAUUCUACAAAGCUUACGAAGCUGAAGACUCUCACCAGUGGCCCAACCUUCAGCUGACUGCCCGCUCUGAGCGUUCGUGGCAGAACUACAAAAUCCAACACGGUAUUACCAACCGGCACUCCAGCUAUGAGACGAAAUACAGAGAACUGUUGGAGGUUCAGUACCCAUCCGUGUGGGCAUCCUUUCGGUCCUUUGAAGCCACAAGGUACGUGCACAAUUCCUUGGCCAAGCUUCAAUGUCUUGGUGAAUUUCGUCAGUUUAUGGCCGACCACUGCAGCUUCUUAGAUCCUGGACUUUCUCAUGACAAUGCUGUGUCAACCUUCAAGGACAUGUUGUCUUGCCUUGCCACCGUCUUCAACGCUAUGACCGAGGAAGAGAAGAAGGCUUUAGCACUAGAAGCUUUGAACCUGUGUGCUGCUUGGUAUCGCACAUGGCUCAUUCGAAUGUCUGAGCUAUUUUAUCAUCUCAAUUUCUUGUGGGCCUUUUGGGGAUUCCGGUGUUGA